AUGUAAUUAGAGAAUUUUGAGAGAGGAAGAGAAGAAUAUUAGAGGAAAUAUGGGAAAUUGAAGGAUUAUAUUUCAUCUUAAAAAAUAAAAGACACUACUGAAAUAACUAAGUUUGAUAGUUCAGACUUCGAUUUAACAAAAUUAUAGGCGAGAUUGGCUGAUUAAGCUGAGAAAGAGAAGUUUGAAGAGAACAUAAUAGGAUCAACAGAUAUUGUUCAAUAAAUAAAUCAUGAUUUCAAUGUUAUAGUAUAUGGGAUUGGAAGCAAGAUUGAAUUAUUAGAGAAGGCAAUGAAAGAAUUAAUGGAGUAUAAAGUUCUAGAUGUUUAUUAGGAGCAAUCCAUAGUCAUACUUUUUUGUAUUGAAGGGAUUUAAGCCUUUGGUUAAUAUGAAGAUGUUCUUGUAAAAAAUAGGGGAAACAUUGAAAAUAAACUCAAAUGUAAAAAAUUCAGAGUAGAUAAUAAAAUAAAUAGAGAACACUCCUCAUUCAAUAAUAAUAAUAGGUCAUAGUAUAGAUGGUCGUCAUUUGUUGAAUGAACAAGCAUAAAAAUUAUUAGGAUAAUUGAGUAAUUGUCCAAAUGUUCGAAUGGCUUGUAGUUUUGACAAUUAUCGAUAUCCAAUGAUAUGUAAGAUAUAGAGAGCUUUCUUUUAAUGUGUACACACAAAUAAACCUUAUGUGUAGGAGAUAUUAUAAAUAUUUGAAGAUCAGGUGGGGAAAUAGAAAUAGGAAGAGGGAUUAUGGUAUGUUUUAUCAAGUAUGACUCAGAAACAAAAAAACAUUGUAUAUUAUUUUGCAGGAAAAGUAUUGGAAAGCAGAGAUGUAUUAUAUUUAUAAUAAUUUUGAGGGUUUGAAUUUUUAAGAUUUAUAUGAUGUUCUGUCAGAGGAGAUGAUAGUAUCUAGUAAAAUAUAAUUGAAAGAGAACCUUAAAGAAUUAAUGGAUCAUAAAAUAAUUAUUGAGAAAGGUGGGAAGUACACGAUGUAAUAUUCAAAUACAAUUCUUUAAGAAUUAUGUUCAAAGUUUGAUGAAGUUAUAAAAUAAUGA